GACGGCGACUUGAACGACGACAAUUUGAACAACUCCAACACCGCCAUGGCUAGCAAAGCUGCCAAUGCGCCAGCGGCAAGGGUGCCGAGGGGUGCAAUUGUGCCAAGGCUUGCCAGUGCACCGACUGCGCGUGCUGCCAAAAGGGUGACGGCAAGUGCUGUUGCAACGGUGCUGCCGCUUGCGGCGAGGGCGACUGCAAGGACUGCAAGUGCUGCAAGAAGAGCUGCGACUGCACCAGCGGCGGUGACUGCCCCUGCGGCGACAAGUGCGACUGCACCGACUGCAAGUGCUGCAAGAAGAGCUCUGCGGCCACUGCCUCUGGCUGUGGCUCUGGCUGCCAAUGUGGCGACACCUGUGCUUGCGGCGACAAGUGCGAGUGCGGCAAAGAUCAUCGUUGGGACGAAGACUCUGUCUGUGCUGUCCGUGAGACUUCUUUGGUUCACGCCAUCUGGGACGAAGACUCACCACGCUCGCACACUUGCCUCAAGCUCGCUCUUUCGAAAACAAACCCUAUUUGGAAUCAUCCAAUUUUGGUUUGGACCG